AUGUCAAAACCAGUACACAGCAAAAAUGAAAUACUGAGGUCCAACACUGGUUUGACCAUCAAUCCAUCCAAAGUCUAUUCACGCUCAGAAACAAGAGAUAAACUGACAGGACUUACUAUAAUUCAAGGAGGACUUUUCAGGCAAAGUCAAGCAAUCAAGAACAGGUUUCCAUCCAGAGCCACAGGUACACCAAGACUCGAUGAGCAUAUGCUCAUUGUCUUUUGUAUGCUUCUAGUGUCUUCCGUCCAGGUCAAGCAUCAGAGAUCUGAUCAGAGUCCACGGUUAUCAGUAUCCAUUCCAUCCAGGUCAAGCUUCAAGGUUCACGUCAAGGUCCAUGGUUUUCAGAUCAAGGUCCACGGUUUCAGUAUCCAUUCCAUCCAGGUCAAGCUUCAAGGUUCAGGUCAAGGUCAACGGGUUCAGGUCGAGGUCGACGGUUUUCAGUAUCCAUUCCAUCCAGGUCAAGCUUCAAGGUUCAGGUCAAGGUCCACGGUUAUCAGUAUCCAUUUCAUCCAGGUCAAGCAUCAAGGAUCCGAUCAGAGUCCACAGUUAUCAGUAUCCAUUCCAUCCAGGUCAAGCUUCAAGGUUCAGGUCAAGGUCAACUGGUCUAGGUCAAGGUCCACAGUUUUCAGUAUCCAAUCCAUCCAGGAAAAGCAUCAAUGUUCCAAUCUCUCAGCUAUGGUCAUAGCCAUCUGUGUCAAGCAUCAAGGACCCGAUCGCCCGUCCAUGUGUUCAGUCAUCCGGAUGAAGCGUCAAGGACCCAAUCGCACGUCCAUGCCUCCAGCCAUUCAGAUCAAGCGUCAAGGACCUGAUCACCCCUCCAUGGUCAUAAGUAUAGAACAACAUUAUGGGCAUAUACUCACUAGCUGUAAUAUACUUCUUGUGUUCAGUCGUCCAGAUUUAAUAUAUCUCCAGUCUCCAGCUAUCCGGAUCAAGCAUCAAGAUUCCAAUCUCCCCGCCAUGGGUAUAGAUUUAAUAUAUCUCCAGUCUCCAGCUAUCCAGUCUCCAGCCAUCCAGGUCGAGCUUCAAGGUGCUUAUCUCCCAUUAUAUGGUUAUAGGCCAAACAGCAAGGAUCAAAACUCAAAUUUGGGCUACAGUGUGUUUACGAUCUGGCUACACAAUGAAAAUUUUGUUUUCCUUCCAGUGCGACAGGUAUAUACAUCUAGUUCGGCCUUUAGUUACUGUUGGCUUUAUCUCUCUACUGGCUUCACAGUCCAAGCCAGCCAUCAUGGAUCCUAUAUCCGUCCAGUGUUACAGUCAAGGCCAACGACCAAUCAUCUGGUAUCCGCCAAGAAUUACAGAUAUAAAAAUGCUAUUGGGCCGUUACUUAUAAUUGUUUUUGUUUCUCUAGUGUCCUUGCAGUCAAGGGCCGAAGAACUAGGACUUGAUAUUCAUCCAGACUUGCAGAUAUAUAUUUUUCGUUGGGCCGUUGAUUAUUGGCUUUUUUUAUCCGUCUAUUGUUUUUACUGUCAAGGGCAACCAUCAAGGAUUCGAUCUCCAUCCAGUAUGACAGUGUUUUCACCGCCCAGGUCGAAGAACAAGGAUUUCUUCUUCAUCCACGGUUACAGCCAAGGCCAAUCGAUCCAGGUUUACUAUCCUCUAGGUCAAACUGAAUUACCAAAGUUUUACUAUCUACCUAGUGCCCGAGCCGAAGCCAACGAUCAAAGCUUUGAUAUUCUUUUGGGCUCACAGCAAGCGUUCAAUGCUCAGCUCUACAUCAAAGGUCGCAGGUAUACAAGAAUCUUUAAGCAAUUUACUAAAAAUUAGAUUUUCCUAGCGUUUACAUAGUCAAGACAAAAUGAUCAUGUUCUUUCUAUCCAUUCAAGAUUCUAGGUACACACGCACAUUUUAGCAUUUAUUCUUCACUGGUUGAAUCUUUUUAAUCUUUGACAGUCCAUGCCGAGAAUCAAGGUUGUGCUUCAAAAAAUAGGGUUAAGGUAUACAUGCCUUUUUAAGCAUUUAUUUACUACUAGUUGCUUUAUUCAGACUUUAUACAGUCGAGACCAAAGAUCAAGAGCCUGAUUUCCGCAUAGAUUUACAGGGAUACAAGUGGCUUUCUUUACUCAUUAACAUAUUGAUAGCUGUUUGAAGCAGUCUUUUUACAGUUCAAUUCAACAGUCAAGGUUCAAAUCCCCAUCAAAAAUCAUUGAUAUACUGCCACUUUU